GAACCGACGUACGAACUCCUCACGCACGAAUCUACCGACUGCAGCCACAGAUUUGCUGGACUUUAGUAGUUUAUCGGCGCCACCGCUGCAAACAUCAGCAUCAUGUGACGACGAAACUCCCAGAAAGUCACGCGAAAACGACGCGGUGAGAGAGACGUCCUCUGGUUGCUGAAGGCUGCGCGGCGCUUUGAAGUACACACAACCAGGUCUCAGUCCACCGGCAGGUAGUCAGUGCAGCCACUUCCUUUGAUCAAGAGUGCAAGGAAAGCUGAACUGAGGCAACAAGAAGCAACUGGCACAGAAGGAAAGACACAGCUCCUUUUCAUAGACAGAGUCAUGGAGCGACUGAAGGCAGGUGUAUUUGUGCUGUUUGUGCUCGUGGCGCAGGUUUCCUGUAGUGGAGCGGAUUUCUUCACUGACCCAGUCAUCUGCUACUUUCUGGAUGGUUUCCUGAUGGUUUACUGCAUUGUUGCUACUGCGCUGUACUUCAGAGAAAAGUUUUCCCGUGUUCCAGUUGAAAUGCCUUCAGGGGAAGAGAAGGGAGGCAUUUACCAGGAGCUUGAGAGACCAAAGGACACUGACCCUUACCAGGAGCUUGACCCAUUAAGAAGAAAGAAAAAGUCUGGCAAGAAAAAGAAAACUAGGGCCGACGACAAGGACAAAGACCCCUACGAGUGUCUGAGCCCAGCACCUCCGCCUCAAAUGUGACGCCCUGCAUGAACACGAGCCCAGCAUUGGCGUUACAGCUGAAAGGAUUGUCUGAUUAGUCUGUCAGUAUUUAACCUCUAUUAUGAAAAAUAAUUACAUACAAAGCCUGAACUCAGCUUAUAUGCUUUGCUUUUUAUUGUUUACUGUAAAACAGUAAACAGUGCAGUUGGUAAAUUACAUAUAUAGACAGACAGACAUGUACAUAAAUACAUAUGGGGGAGACUAGAGUUAGCUUUGGUUCAUGAGGAGUUAGUUACGCUGCCUUUGAAGCUGUAAAUCCUAAUGUAGCAUUUCACCCAUAUGAUUCAUGUCGAACACUGGAUCUCAUUAAAACACAAAGCACAUGUCAAAACA